AUGUCAGGGAAUACAAAGAUGACUGUAAUGGAUGUAUUUUAUAUUUUAGCAAAUAGAUUAUCUUAUUCGACAAAAACAGUAACACCUUCAUCUACAACGUCAGUUAUGCCAACUUCAAAGGUGAUACAGAACUUUGUUAUUCAUAAAUUAGAUAAAUAUGAUGAUGAUGAAGAUGCCUUUAGAUAUAAACAUGAAAAAUUUCACCAGAAAGAAAGGCACAGAAAGAAAGAACAUAAAAAGAAAAAACAAGCUUUAGGCUUUGGUAAUAAUCCCGGUAGUCAAAAAGGAGAUGCAUCAUCUACUAGACACCAAGUAAGUGACCCUAAUGCCUCCUCAGGUUCUACAUCAACCUCAAGUGAACAAGCGCCUUCAGAAACACAAAUUGAACAAAUUUUACAAGGUGAAUCUGUCUACCACAAAAUCAUCACUGCCUUGUCUAUAGUUGGUAGUAUCGCUGGUUUUAGCAUUAUUGUAGGUGCUUUUAUCUUUGCUCGUUCCCAAAUGCGGAAAAGAAAGCGAAAGUUGGAUAUAGAAAUGGCUAGCCGCCAUAAAGCACCAUCAUCACCAUCAUCACCAUCAUCACCGACACCACCAGUCACUUCGUCACAACAUCGUUCAUCUUCACAUUUUUCGAAUACAUCUGAUGAUGAUGCUACUAUUGUUGAAUUGAAACAGAAUCCAUUUGUAGACCAAGAUUUAGCUAUUAGACCACCUUCAUUACCCAGACCUACUUAUGGAGGCUAUCGUCAAAAUCGAACAUUAUCAAUGAUUUCACAAACAACUGCUUUACCAUCAGCGCCUAGUGCAAAAGAACUUGACAUGAUGUAUGACACUAAUCCGUUUGAAGGACAGCAACAAUCAUAUCCAGUUACAGAAGACAAUGAAGAUAAUGAAGAAGAUAAUAAUAAUAAUAAUAAUAACAAUCAAUUGGAAACAGCAACAGCAACAGCAACAGCAACAACAACAACAACAACAACAACAACAACAAAUUAUGUUGCUCCAUCAACUAAUAGGUGUAAAAGAAAAUCUCAAAGAUUUAUAUCAUCAGCACUGCCAGUACAUGAAGAAGAAAAACCCCAUGAAUAUGCAACUGAAUUACCACCACCGCCUGCUUAUACACCGAGUGUAAUACCAAGCGCACCUCCACUCUAUGCCUUACCAACGACAGCAGGCCCCCUCGAAGAAGAAGAAGAUAAUGAUGAUGUUUCAUUAUCAAGGCGGCAUUCUAUUAGUUAUUGUAGUAUAAUAUCCUCUACAACAAGGCCCUUAUCUCUACGGCGUGGUUCGGGUAGCUUAGCGCAUACUUCAAUACAUCUCACAUAA